AUGCGUGAGGAUGUUGACACGACAGAUACUGUCGAUAUUUCUUCUGAUCAUCCAUUAAUACGACCCAAUCAUUUUGAAAUCGAACAAAUUCGACAAUUCCUUCUAAUUUUACUUGGUAUUUGCCUUGCAUUCGCUGUGGUCUAUUUGAUAAUGUCCACCGUCGGCUGGGCAAUAACAACUAGUUCCUAUGGAAAGGACGAGCGCCUUCAGAUUUUCGAGGCGAUCGUUUCGAUCCUAUUCUAUGGUUUUGGACUUCUCGUUGCAAAAAAUUAUAAACAAAAAGGUUUGCGACUAUAUGGAUGGUUAAGUAUCAUUUUAGUUAAUAUCACUAUCAUUGUUAUCAUUGCAUUUCAUUUGAUUCACGUCAAAAUGUAUUUCCCAUCCACUGAAAGAACUGCCUGGCUGCUGUUUACAUAUAUCAACUACAUACUAAGUGUUUGGUUUCAUAUAUUUGCCGUAACUAUAGUUAUCAUCAUAUUUUCAUUCCGACUCGCACGGCUCUUGGAUGCCGAUAGACAGUUUCUUAUUAGAACAGCUUAG